ACUUCCGCGGACACUUUUUUGGCCGAGUAAACAAUCUUGUACAAUCUUUGGUUUUGUUUUACCUUGAACUGCGUUCCAGGUCCAGAUUUCUUGAUUCUUAGUCUUAUUUAACAUUGCACCUUGAACAAUCUUUCUUUUCUACUCUUUCUCUCUCGGAGGUUUUGUCGUGGGACGGCACCACAAACGAUCGAUUCUAUGAUUCUUCUGAACAAGAACCAUUUCGUCAAACAACCGAGAAUGUGACCACUCUCUCAGAAACGUCGUAUUACGCUGGAUGUCUUACGAGAGAUGAUUGAUGGGAUGUUGUAGUUUAUGUGUUGGGCAGUGAAAAGAUGCUGAGAAGUCUGCAGUCUGCAAGGUGCGCCUUGUGCACACAGGUUUUCCAGCGUUGCCUUCCUCUAGUCCGACAUAAGCGAUACUUCACGGUUCAAGAUGCCUCUGCAGCGCUGCGACCGUUUUACUUCGUGGUCCACCCAGACUUGUUUGGGCAGCAUCCCACAGAAAGGGCUGUCAAUGAAAAUUCUCUGAAGCUUUUAAAUGAGUACCUAGCAGUACAUCCCAGUCUGGGCAAGACUGAACCCAAGGAAAUGGUGUUUUAUAUCCGUUCCCAGGACAGCUCCGGCCCGGGCCUGAAGCAGGUGAAAAUCUGCCUGACCACAAGCAACCUGCGAGACACCGUGAUGGCCAUUCUCUCUACCUGUGGCCUGUCCAAUUCUCACGUGCCGGAGUCUUCUGGCAUUAUGUACGGCACAAAUCGUCCAAUUGAAUGGCAUCAUACAUAUUAUACUGCUACAGGAAAAAAGAACCCGCAUUCUCGGAAAGCUGAAAAAGCUGUGGCACUGACACUUAGGAGUUGGCUCCAGCUAAACAUUCAGCGGUCUCGUCAGCACGAAGAGUCUGUGCGCUACAUUCAGGACGACAUCGCUCGACUUUUGGACAGGUUGAGGAGGGAACUUUGCCUCAAGGACAUCCGUUUCGAUAGUGUGUGGGGCUUCCAUCACUUCCGUGGCUGCCUCAAAUCUUUCGACCGACUUUACCGUGACCACCCUGAUUUUCUCAAGUUUGUUCUCAAAGACCGGACCCUAGUGUUCAGCAACAGCACAGGUGUGAGUCGCCUUGGGGAGAUAGUGCUCAGUAGUGAAGACGUGCCGCAGACCUGGUUCACGCUCUUGAGGUCAGUGGGGGCGUACGAGGCGGUCCUGCACCGACUGCCCACCAUGGAGGCAAAGCUGUCCUCCCUGCUCAACGGUAUACAAGUGGUGCGCCGGGAAAAGACGCACUGCUCCGUCAUGGCGGAAGAGUACGAGCUGCUGCUCAACAAACUGCUGAAUUCUCUGCGACGCUGCCAGGAUCAUGUGACCAGCACGUUCCAGGACCAGGAUUUGUCCGGCUUGCAGCUUGUUGUGGAAGGAGAGGCCAGUCCCCUGAUGUUGUCCUCCCUGGGCCAGUUCCUCAUCCCGGCCUCCGUGCCCGGCUCUCUUGUCGUCGACUGCAUCAAGGAGCACAGGGCCAAGGCACAGCAGAUCCUCGUAGACAUCCAAGGCUUUUUGAAGGAGGAGGAGCAAAGUCGCCUGGAAGCAAUGGAUGCCCUGGGUGUGUCGGACAUGAAGAAAGACGAAAGUGUGACACCCGCACAGAUGAUCUCAUGCUGUAAGCGGCUGGUGGAAGAACAUUGGAGACUCGGCGUCUCGCUGGCCGACUCUCGCCUCCGCGUCUCACACUACUACUCCGUCAUGCAGGACGGCCAGAUCUGUAUACCCUGGGACUGGAUCGGAGAUGAUGACUGAAGUUGUCAGUCAAAAGGUUGAUGGCUUUUAGUACAUGUUCUUGGCUGAAUUAGAUUCACUUAAUGUUGUGUGGACCUUCUCGAACAUUCUUGCUAGAGAUGCUAAAGAUAUAAAGAUAAUUUGUGAGGCAGCGUGGUGAAAUCCGGCGCUCGUCAAAAUAAUGAAAGUGAAGAAACUGGCAUUUUUCCACAGGUUUGGGAAUUUUUCUCAAAUUUUUUUUUUCCCUCAACGCCUUUCACAUUUCUGUGUGGAUUUUAGUGAAAAACGUUCAUCAAAGGCAUAAAGGAUGUACAUUUUCAGUUUUCAAGGACUCUCAAGCUAAGGAAAUAACUCAUCUUUGUCGGCUAUUUUCUCACUAAUUUUACCCCUGAAACCAGGACCGGUGACCCCCACCUCCUUCAUUCACAAAUAUCUUGACUUCUAUUAUAGACAAAUGGAUAUUUUUUUUUCACCCAAAGCAAGAUGAAUGUACAGGCCUUAAGAUGAUACCGAUAACUCCAUAUGCUCCAAAACAAACUAGCGCCUGAUUCCACCGCUCUGUGACACGUAUAAAUAUCAUUUGAUAUUUGAAAGUGUCUUGUCCAAAUACAACCAAACUUGUCCAACUGGCGCUGCUAUGACCUUAUGCAGUUGCGAGCGCCGUAAAAUCUCUACUAAAACUUGUCCAAAACAAGCACCGGUUGUGAAGGAGAAAAGUGGUCUUCCAGCCAAGUGGUCCUCCUGGAGACUGUCUUUGUAAUAUGUGAGUGGUGAGAUCAGGCACUCGUCAAAAUAAUGCAGCAGUUUUCUUCUCGCUUAGCAAUUUUUAUCAAAUAUUUGUUUUUUGGCUUGACACCAUUUAUGUUCAUUUAGAAACAAAUACCUGUAAGGAUUUUUACCGAAAACCGUUGAUUAAAGCCAGAAAAGUGUAAAUUUACAGUUUCCAUGGACUCUCCAGCUUUGAAAGUUAUCAAUCUUUGGCGGUCAUUUUCUAGCUAAUUUUACCUCUGAAACCAGGUCAUCCCCACCCCCUUCAAUCCAAAAAUAUCUCCCCUUCAAUUGAAGAUAGAUUGGUAAUUUGUUCAUUGAAAGCAAGACAAACAAACAAGCUUUAAGAUGAUUCCAAUAACUGAGUAUGCCCAAAAAUUGCCGAGAGCCUGAUUCCAUAGCUUCGCAGCACAUAUUGUAAAAAUGAAAGGGGGAAGUGGGAGGUAGGCAUUUGUGCAGGUGAUUAUCUUGGAUAGGGGAUCCUUAACCCUAUCCGUACGCCCUGGGGUCAUUUUGUACGAAUUGC